GUCUGGCAUCUCACUUCUCCUGCGUGUGUAAAUUCUAGAGUGACUUGUCCUGGCUGCAUCUGGGAGAGCAAGGGGGGGUUAAGAACACUAGCAGCAGAAGAACCAAGUGCUACACACCUGCACAGAUCAAAUUACAGACUUGUUCACUGCUGCACCGAAGGAUUUGAAUUUCCCGCCCACACUGGCAAAGAAUUGUCUGUUAUGCCGGGCUAUGGACUUGCUAAAGGACAAGUUGGUGGCUCAGUGACCCCCCCAUCUGUCUCAGCACAGGGAGAUUAGUGAUGAAUCAUAUGAAAUGGCACAACUAACAGGACUUGUGAACAGUUCUAUCUGGAUACCACUAAAUAUAAUGGAAGGCAACCCAGAAUCAAUAAACAUCAAGUGGCGAGGCCGAGGAAAACCCAAUUUUCAACUUAUAGGAACAUGCAAAGACAAUCAGUGUAAUGGACGAAACUCAAGGUUUAAGGAUCGCAUCAGGAUUAUAAAUAACUGUAUAGAGCUGAGCAGCCUUGGAACAGAAGACUGGGGAAUUCUGAAAAUAUCGUGCACUUUUGCGGAAAUUACGGAAAAAUAUGAAUUAGAAUUUAAUCUCACAGUGCUUGAGCCUCUUCCUCCCCUUCACGUUGCGUGUACCUGGCACUGGAUUAACUCUGAAUGGUGUAAUUUCACUUUGCAAGCUCCUAAUGCAACAGCCAAAACAAUGACAUGGAGCUGGAAGAAAUGGAAUGACACAAUUGGAUAUGUGCCUUUCCAAAAUGGAAGCAGUGUCCAGUUCUCACUGCACAGAGAAAGUUGGGGGGAAAGGUUUCUUCUGGAGGCUCAAAACCCGAUUUUAAAAAUUCUCUCUUUUACUAUUGAAGAUACAUGUCAACUGAAGGAACAUGGUAACAUUAAUAGAUAUGUGAAGAUCUCUUUAUUGGGCAUCCCAAUACUGUUUGUGGUUUUACUUCUGCUGGUUGUCCUGAGAAAAAAAAAAAAGAAAGCACGGAAGUAUCUCCAGAUGAUCCCGUUUUGUGGCCGGUGUGAGAUGGAGACACCGGAGGCCUUGGAGGAUCUGAAUGGAACCUGCUCACAAUUUGAGAAUGCCCCUCUGCCUGCCGUUAUUUCACCCGAGGGUGAUACCACAUGCACCGCGGCUGUGGUGAUAUUAUUGUUACCGCCAGAUUUGGCAGCAGAACUCAGCACCACCGAUGCUCUGGUGUCGCCGGAUAAUGCUAUUACCCUAGUGGAGACAGGGAAUGACCCACUAAUGCACCUGAGAGAGGAUCAUAUGAUGGCGGCUGUGGCAGUUCCCUUGGAAGGAGAUGUCGGGGCCCAAAGAGCCAUAGUGGCCCCUGUGUGUCAGAUCCUCCCUUCACUGAGACAAGGGGAGUCGAUGGCGAGAGUGCUGCAGGUGUUAGGGGCAAAUGCUGAUGUGACCCCCAGUGCCGAUUCAACCCUGGUAACCUUGGAUGAGGAAAGUCUGCAGCCCAGUUUAAUGUUGGAAGAAGCCGAAAAUCCCGAAGCCUGUGAGGAGCUUCAGGCACCCAGUGAGACUAACGCCUUGGAAGGGCAAGAUAUCCCCGUGGGGGUAAGUAGCCCCAUUUGUGCCUCAGAGGAGGAAAUAAUGGCAGUGGACCAGGAAGCUGCCAAAGUGGUGGCCCUCAUGCAUCCUGUAAGUGACUUUAGCUCACCCGGACACUUGACGGUGACCAUUUACACUGCCCUUGCUGAACUACCCCCAGCUCCAGUCAUAGACUAUGGGAUAGACUGGGGUAGGUUUUCCUUUGGCGGACCCGGGCCCAUAUUGCCGGUGGCUCCAACUUUCAGAAACCAACCACUUCCUGAGAGCCAAAUAGAGAAGGAAUUGACUUCCCUCCUUGAGGAUGAUGAGGAUUUGGAGUCUGUGUCAGAGAACGCCGAUCAAAUUCGGUAUAAGUGCCAGAGGACUAUGGUUAGUGAACCAGUAAAGUCUUCAAACCCCAAAGUGAUGGUGCAUUUAACCCCUAGUGAGCCGGGGGAGAGCACUCAUGUGUCUGAGCUGUACCACCUCAAAUGGGGAAAGAUAUCCCUGGCAGGUGAGAAGGACUUGGUGGCUAAAAUCCCCAAACCCAAAGAAGAUUCCAUCUUAGAGACUGCACCAGAAUGGGAGGAGUAUGAGGAAGAGACCCUAGAGCCGGAAGUAGGACCUGCUCCUAAAGUGGUCAUGCCUCACAGCUUUACUGCACCUCCCAAAAUAGGCCCAGAGGAGGAAAAUGAUUUCUGGGUCUGCCUGGACGAGCAGACCCCAACAUUUUCAGGUCCAUUUCCCGAGUGCAACGGGGGAGCCCUCGGUAGUGAAAAGGCUUAGACCAAUGUUCUACAGUAUAGAGAUAGAUUCUCCUGUAGUACUCAUAAAAGGUUUCUAGCAUGAUGUGCCUUAACUGCUUGAUUCUCAAAGGUUGCGUGUAUGAUGUGCCUUAAAGGAGAAUUCAACCCUUUAGUAAAAAAACCCUUACUCCGCACGUAGACCCCCCUCCUUCCUCUCC